AUGGCCAAAGAGUCUUCUGUGCCGCUUUCCCAGUCGGCGCCGGAGCUCAAUGUCUAUGUUUCCAGUUCGAGUGGCCCGCGGCCGGCCAAGGAGACCACGUUCCGGGAGUGGGUGGUCACCAACCAGAUCGGUAUCUCCAUGACCAUUUUGGCUAUGUUGUUGGCUCUCCAUAACCUCUACCCGUCCCUGCGCCCCUAUACGCAGCCCUUUUUCGAACUCUCCUACUACGAUCCCGCCUCCAAUUCCUACGUCCAGGGCUGGGAUGAUGUCUACUUCGUCAUAAGUGCCGCAUUGGCCUUGACGGCGAUUCGCGCGACGGUCAUUGAAUGGAUCCUCCAACCAUUGGGUCGCAAAUUGGGACUGAAACGAAAGGCAGCGCUCCGCCUCGCCGAACAGGGCUGGCAGGUUCUAUACUAUGGAUUUAUCUGGAUUGUUGGACUGUAUUUGUGGAAGAACUCCAAUUACUGGAUGAAUUUUGGUGCUAUCUGGAAUGAAUGGCCCGCGCGCUCCCUCUCCGGAUUGAUGAAGUGGUAUCUACUGGUGGAGCUGGCUUUCCUCCUUCAACAGAUCUUCGUCAUUCACGUCGAGGAGAAGCGGAAGGAUCACUAUCAGAUGUUGACCCACCACGUCAUUACCAGCACUCUUUUGAGCUCGGCUUAUAUCUAUGGCUUUUACAACGUUUCCAACGUGGUGCUGUGCCUUAUGGACAUUGUCGACGUCCUCCUUCCUUCAGCCAAGGUUUUGAAGUACCUGAAAUUUCAGAAUGCCUGCAAUGUGGCCUUCGGUGUUUUCAUGGCCACUUGGUUCGUCACCCGCCACAUUCUGUACAACAUGCUCUGGUGGUCGAUUUACAAGAACGUGCCUGCCAAUAUGUCGUAUGGCUGCUACUCGGGCACCACAGCUGAAAUGAUCAGCACCGAUGGUUACCCCGAUGCUUUUGCCUACUUGUUCGCGCCGUUUCGCGGCUUGGAGAACCCUAUCUGCAUGAACCGUACCAUCAAGUGGAUCUUCCUCUCGUUCCUACUGUCCAUACAAAUCCUAUCCAUUGUUUGGUUCACCAUGAUUGUCCGUGUCGCUUACGGCGUCAUUGCCCACGGCAACGCAGAGGAUACUCGCAGCGAUGAGGAGGACGAGGUCGAAGUGAACGGCCAAGCUACUACUAACGGUUCCGUGCGGCUGGCCGCAAAGGAUGGCGUUAGCGCUGCUCCUGUCGUCAAUGAGACCGCUCCCGGGCUUGACCGCCGCACUUCAAAUGGUGCGGCUUCAAUGCGCGCUCGUGGUCGUGGUCGUGUUCCCUUCGAUCAGAGUGAUCGGAAGGCCCUGCUGGGCCGAAUCGGAUGUGACAAGCCCACCUAG